AACAUCAUCAGAUUGAUCUCCACUUGCACCCUACUCUUCUGUAUCCGAUGAAUUUAUAUGGAAGAAAGCUUAAGAUGUUCACAUAUAUAAUAUGAUCCAAUACAGCAUAAACACACCGUGGCUGUGUAACCAGGCUCAAUGGAGAUAUUUGGUGUUCACAUUAUUUCUUUGGUACUUUUCUUGAUGCUUACUAAAAACUUAAGUUGCAAUGGAUUUGGUGGGAGUAUGAAGGAUGAGGAAGCACUCAAGGAAGGCCAAAAUGACAUGGAAAAUUCUGUCUCAAAUUAUGGUGAAAUGAGGGGCGUGGAAGAUGAUGAUUGGCAGAUGGUGCAAAAGAAGGGAAACCAAUUUGUGGUGAAUGACAAACCUUUCUAUGUGAAUGGAUUCAACACAUAUUGGCUUAUGGUAUUUGCUGCAGAUGAGUCUACGAGAGGAAAGGUAACUGAGGUGUUCAAGCAGGCAUCCUCAGUGGGUAUGACAGUUUGUAGGACGUGGGCCUUCAAUGAUGGCCAAUGGAGGGCCCUACAGAAAUCUCCAUCAGUUUAUGAUGAAGAAGUCUUCAAGGCCCUGGACUUUGUGGUGAGUGAAGCAAAGAAAUACAAAAUCAGGCUUAUAUUAUCAUUGUCUAACAACUGGGAGGCAUAUGGAGGCAAAGCACAAUAUGUGAAAUGGGGAAAUGCUGCUGGCCUUAACUUGACCUCUGAUGAUGACUUCUUCUCACAUCCAACUCUUAGAAGCUACUACAAGGCCCAUGUUAAGACUGUGCUCAAUAGAGUUAACACAUUCACAAAUAUCACUUACAAGGAGGAUCCAACAAUUUUUGCUUGGGAAUUGAUGAAUGAGCCUCGUUGCACCUCAGAUCCCACAGGUGACAAGUUACAGGAUUGGAUUCAAGAAAUGGCAUUCCAAGUGAAGAAAAUUGAUCCAAAACACCUGGUAGAGGUUGGACUAGAAGGAUUUUAUGGCCCAUCAACACCUCAGAGAACUCAGUUCAAUCCCAAUACAUAUGCUACGCAGGUUGGAACUGAUUUUAUAAGGAACCACCUGGCUCUUGGUGUGGACUUCGCUUCUGUUCAUGUAUAUGCUGACUCUUGGAUUUCACAACAAAUUGCUGAUUCUCAUCUCUCAUUUGUAAAAUCAUGGAUGGAAGCCCACAUAGAGGAUGCUGAAAAGCAUCUUGGAAUGCCAGUUAUUUUUGCUGAGUUUGGUGUAUCUUCCAAAGACCCUGGCUACAAUUCAUCAUACAGAGAUACACUCAUAAGUAGUGUGUACAAUACCAUCCUGAACUCCACAAAGAAAGGAGGGAGUGGGGCUGGAAGCCUUUUGUGGCAAUUUUUUCCUGAUGGAACUGAUAACAUGGAUGAUGGCUAUGCAAUUGUUCUCUCAAAAUCUCCCUCCACCUCAAACAUUAUACAGCUUCAAUCCACUAGGCUUGCGAUGUUCAAUUCCUUGUGCAAUACUAAAUGCAAUUGGGGAUGUAAGAAGAAAAAGUUGUUGAAAAACAUACUCUAUCACGAUGAACUGUAACACCAUGUGUGGAAAGUUUCCAAUGGUAAUGCUGUGGUCCUAUAAAACCAUGCAUGGAUAAAUAUGUGAUUCACCAUACCUUUUGUUAUGAACAAUGCUUUAAUUUGUA